CCUUGGCCUUAUGUCAUGGGUUCAACCUGGACACCGAAAACCCCGUGAUCUUUCAAGAGAAUGCGAGGAGCUUCGGGCAGAGCGUGGUCCAGAUUGAGGGAUCCCGGGUGGUGGUGGGAGCCCCCCAGGAGAUAAAGACCGCCAAUCAGACGGGAGGGCUCUACCAGUGUGACUACAGCACAUCAGCCUGUGAGCCCAUCCAGCUGCAGGUGCCCCCGGAGGCCGUGAACAUGUCCCUGGGUCUGUCUCUGGCAUUUGCCACCAACCCUUUCCGGCUGCUGGCCUGCGGCCCCACCCUACACCAAACGUGCAAGGAGAACACCUAUGUGAAUGGCUUCUGCUUCCUGUUUGGAUCCAACCUGCGGCAGCCGCCCCAGAGGUUCCCAAAGGCCCUCAGAGAGUGCCCUCAGCAGGAGAGCGACAUCGCCUUCUUGAUUGAUGGCUCUGGCAGCAUAGACCCAAAUGACUUUCUGCGGAUGAAGGAUUUCAUCUCAACUGUGAUGAAUCAGUUCACAAAGUCCAAAACCUUGUUCUCUUUGAUGCAGUACUCCAACAAGUUCCAGACGCAUUUCACCUUCCAAGAUUUCAAGGCUAACCCUGACCCGAGGCUACUGGUGGGGCCAAUCACACAGCUUCAAGGGAAGACAUUCACAGCCACGGGAAUCCGAAAAGUAGUAAGAGAACUGUUUAACAGCAACAGCGGAGCCCGGAAGAAUGCCCUUAGGAGCCUAGUUGUCAUCACAGACGGAGAAAAGUAUAAAGAUCCCUUGGAGUACCGGGAUGUCAUCCCCGAGGCAGACAGAGAGGGCGUCAUUCGCUACGUCAUUGGGGUAGGAACUGUGGCUCCCGGGCCUGAUGCCUCUGCGGAGGCUUUCUGUUUAGACACACCCUCCUGCGGGGAGCAAAUACCAAUAAAAUCGAGGUGGGCGACAGUCCCGGCCAACCCCGAUGUGGGUGUAUCAGUGAACUACUGUCACAACGAUGCUGCCUCAGAAACUCCCCCAGCCCAGAGGUUUAAACAGUGAGUGGGUCUGGAGGUGCUCUGGGCAGUGU